CGGCGGCGGCGGCGGCCCUAGCGCCACGUCCGGUGGAACAGGUUGCGGGUCCUUGACCGUCGCAGGCGCAGGCUCGCAACAACCCAUAGACAACCAGUGCUUCGCGCGGCAGGUGAGGCGCCGAACGUCUCGCCAUCCACCGUUCCAAUUUUAAAUUUAAAACUCGAACUCGAAUCACGACCGGACGCUUUCUCUCUCUCUUCCACUUUUACUUUCGCACACGUUUCUGGAUGUUGCAUCACUGUCGUGCACGGAUUUCGUAAUUCAUCAUUAAUUUUAAGUUUUUUUUUUUUAUAAUGUUAAUGGUGUAGUGCAAAGAGUGAUUGCCUGGAUAUAGAGGCUGUUCAAAUAAAUGUGUUUAAUAAUAAAGUGCGUGAAGGUGAUGAAAUGAGUUUGUGACCUCAAGUGUGUGGCUGACAACCGCUGUUUAAUUAUAAGCAUGUCUCCACCUGAAGACCUGCAGGGCGCGGGGGUGGGGGUCGUGAACCGCGGGUUCGAGGGCGCCGACGACGGCUUCCAGACCAUCGACCUGCGCACGCACGGCAAGGAGCCCCCAGGACAGCACCAGGCCCCCGCCGACCCCCCGCCCCCCGAGGAGCGCGGGCUGCGCUGCGGCUGGGCGGCGUGGCGCCCGCGCUGGCUGCAGCGGUACCGCACCGCCAAGUGGGCGCUGUUCUGGCUGUGCUGGGCCGGCGCUAUACAAGGCAUGGUGGUGAACGGGUUCGUGAACGUGGUGAUCACCACCAUCGAGAAGCGCUUCGGGCUGCGCUCCAUGCAGACCGGCGUCAUCGCGGGAGGUUACGACAUGGCAUCCUUCAUCUGCCUGGCCCCUGUGACCUACCUGGGCGGGCGGGCAGGCGCGUCCAAGCCGCGCUGGCUCGGGCUGGGCGUGCUGCUGAUGGGCGGCGGCUCGCUGCUGUUCGCGCUGCCACACUUCCUCGUGCCGCCGUACCGCGUGGCCAGUGAGGAGCCUGAUGAUCUGUGUAGGGCGAAUAGGACUAUGGGCGGCUUAUGCGACUCGACCGCUACGGCGGGCGGCUGGGCGGAGGGCGGCGCGUGGGCGGUGGCGGUGUUCGUGGCGGCGCAGCUGCUGCACGGCGCCGGCGCCACGCCGCUCUUCACCCUCGGGGUGACAUACAUCGACGAGAAUGUCAGCAAGAAGAUGUCUUCUGUUUAUUUGGGUAUGUACUACACGAUGGCGGUGGUGGGCCCGGCGCUGGGCUACGUGGUGGGAGGACAGAUGCUCAACAUCUACACCGACUUCAUCACCGUAGACUCAUCCACGGUGGGCAUAACCCCGCUGAGUUCGGUGUGGGUGGGCGCGUGGUGGGUGGGGUUCAUCCUGUCCGCGCUGCUGUGCCUCGUGGUGGCCGUGCCUCUGCUCGCCUUCCCGCAUGAACUGCCGGGAGCAGCAGAAAUCCGAUCCUCCAAGGUCUCAGAAGCGCACGAGGGCGAAGCCUCCAAGUCCGCGGCAUUCAGCGCGCUUCACGAGUUACCCCGCGCCGCCGCCGCCCUGCUGAGGAACCCCACGUUCCUGUUCCUCAACCUGGCCGGAGCUAGUGAGGGCAUGCUGAUCUCUGGGUUCGCGGCGUUUUUGCCCAAGCUGAUAGAGAACCAGUUCGCUGUCAACGCGUCUGAGGCCGCUUUGUUGUUGGGCGUGAUAACGGUCCCCGCUGGCGGCGGCGGCACAUUCCUGGGCGGCUGGCUGGUGAAGCGCUGGCGGCUGGCCUGCGCAGGCAUCAUCCGUCUGUGCGUGGCCGCCACGCUCGCCGCCGCCGCCUUCACCUUCAGCUUCGUGCUGUCGUGUGAUGACUAUCCGUUUGCAGGGGUCACUGUGCCGUAUAACACGCCUAGUGUUGGCGGUGACCGCCUAUCCUCAGUCUGCAACGCGGCCUGCGCGUGCGCCUCUGCAGCCUACGCCCCUGUCUGCGGCGCCGACGGAGUGGUGUACUACUCGCCAUGCCACGCUGGUUGUGCUACUAGUAACAACGUGGGGUCGGCGCAGCUGUAUGGGGAUUGUGCUUGUGUGAAUACGACGGGAGUUGUGUUGCCGAGCUAUAGCUUUGAAGGAGGUACAUCCAACUCGUCAAUCACCUACGAGGCGAUCAACAGCCCGUGCGCGUCGGACUGCGCGCACCUGUGGCUGUUCGUGUUCCUCUCCUUCUGCGUGAUGCUGUUCACCUUCCUAGCCACCAUGCCCGCGCUGUCGGCCACACUUAGAUGCGUCCGCGAAGACCAGCGCUCCUUCGCGCUUGGGAUCCAGUGGAUCAAGGUGCGUCUGCUGGGCACCAUCCCCGCGCCGCUGCUGUUCGGGUUCCUCAUCGACCUGUCCUGCUCGUUGUGGGACACAACUUGUGGCGCUACUGGGGCGUGCUUGCUGUAUGAUAAUGUCAAUAUGAGCCGAUACAUGCUAGCCCUAGCGCUAGUGGGCAAGCUCUGCUCGCUCCUCUUCUUCUUCUUAGCCUGGUGGUUCUACCGCCCGCCCAGCAACAACAAGAACGGCAACGCAGUGCUGCCCUCUGUCGACAUGGUGGUCACAAGCGAGAAGACCAACGGGGUCGUGGCCAAUGGGGAGACGGUGGGUAACGGGUAUUGUAAUCAAGCGCUGGAGUGUAGCGAUCAUCUGUAGAUGCAAGUUGUAGGUAUGCAGGAAUGAUGUCACAAUGUGAAGAGAUUAUCUGAUUAUGGAUGUUUGUCUGAAGUUAGGUAUAAGUACCUACCUAUACGGUAAAUCAAUUAUAGAACCAAUCAUAUUUCAUGUGUUCGUAGUUUUGUUCAAGUUUUACUGUAGAUUUUCUAUGUAAAAGACUACAGGACAUCCGGUUAUCCGGAUUUAUAUGAGGGAGCAGCUAAAAUAUUGAAAAAUAUUGUAUGGGAACUUUGAAUCAACGUAUUUGUGAUUAUUUAACUGGAAAUAAACUUAUAUUCAUCCAAUCACAUUCAAUUUGUAACUAUGGUUUUACGCAUGUAUGGAAUAAUCUGUUGUAAAAUAUCUGUGAUGUCGUAGUCUUAAAUAAUAUUUAGGAUAAUUUGUUUUUGGCAUAAAAGUACAAUGAGGAAAGCACAAGAGUGUUAAUGUUUCAUACUUUUCAUCACAUUUAUAGAAAUUUAUUUUUAUGGUUAUUUGUUUAUUUAUAUUUAGCCUAAGUAUAUUUUGUUAAUAUACUCUUACAUGAACUUUAAAUAUCAUUUAUAAUUAUUUUUUUGUCUAUAAAUAUUUUUGUUUGAAGACUGAUUGUUUUAAGGUUGUGAAAACCGUAAUGUAUUGGAUUACUUCGUAGCAGAUUCCAUUCAUAGGUGGUAUUCGAAUAAAUUAUAAGCACAAUUUGUAACGGAUAAGGAAGUAGGUACAUCUAUUAAAUUGUAAGUGGUAGCAAUUAUAUUCAAAACUCCGUAAUGCAAAUCUAGUUAUUAGGUAGGUUAUGCAAAAAUAUACACUACUCGUAACGUUUUAUUACUUCAUGUGUUUAGUUCUCAAUUUUCUACAUCCCAAUAGCUAUGGCGGUUAUUACCUAUUCCAUCCAAAUUUUGUGUAGCUACACUUAUCAAGAUCGGUCGGUUU